AAAAGGCACAGGUGCGGUUUCGCAAAAUGUCACGUCUGUCAAGAAUACGUGUACAUUAAUGAUCAUAAAUGUUACAUUCAACCAGUAAUGGAGGAAGAGGAGCCAGAACCAACAGAGGAGGGGGGAGGUUGCAUGGUGGCGCCACCCCCUCCCCUGUUUGUUUACGCUGAUUUGGAAGCAAUGCAAGACCACGAGGGGGUGUUUGUAGCCAAUCUUUUAUGCUAUUCGUCGGCAGAAGAAGAGGACAUUCACGUCUUCGACGGGGAGGAAUGUGUACUUUCAUUUUUGCAAGAUCUGGAUGAUCUAACAGAAGUACCAGGCAAUGAACAACAAAGAGAAGUGAUUGUGGUCUUCCACAAUUUGAAGGGGUUUGAUGGAAUGUUUCUAAUAAAUGAGCUGUACGGCCAACAAAGGCCAGUGGAAAACCAACUAACAGUCGGAGCAAAGGUACUCUCCUUCAAGAGCGGACCCCUAAAAUUCAUUGACAGUUUAUGUUUUUUGCCCAUGCCACUGUCCUCCUUUUCCGUAACGUUCAAUCUUACGGAACUGAAGAAGGGAUUCUUCCCUCAUCUUUUUAAUAUCCCUACUCACCAAAACUACGUGGGAAGAAUCCCUGACAUUGAAUUCUACGAUCCCGAUGGGAUGAUGCCCAAAAAGAAAGAGGAACUAUUGAAUUGGCACGCAGAACAAGUCAGACGAAACGUUAUGUUUAAUUUCCGCAACGAAUUAAUUGCUUAUUGCAAAUCAGAUGUCCAAUUGCUGAAACAAGGCUGUGAAGCCUUUCAGAAUGAAUUCCAGUCGCAGGCUGGCUUCAACCCUAUGGCCGAAUCCUUCACCAUCGCAUCGGCCUGCAACCUCUACUGGCGCAAGAACCAUUUACAGCCAAACACCAUAGCCGUCGAACCAAUUCGUGGUUGGCGGGGUGCAAACGUGAACCAGUCAUUAAAGUGCUUGCAAUGGCUAUNUCACGUCUUCGACGGGGAGGAAUGUGUACUUUCAUUUUUGCAAGAUCUGGAUGAUCUAACAGAAGUACCAGGCAAUGAACAACAAAGAGAAGUGAUUGUGGUCUUCCACAAUUUGAAGGGGUUUGAUGGAAUGUUUCUAAUAAAUGAGCUGUACGGCCAACAAAGGCCAGUGGAAAACCAACUAACAGUCGGAGCAAAGGUACUCUCCUUCAAGAGCGGACCCCUAAAAUUCAUUGACAGUUUAUGUUUUUUGCCCAUGCCACUGUCCUCCUUUUCCGUAACGUUCAAUCUUACGGAACUGAAGAAGGGAUUCUUCCCUCAUCUUUUUAAUAUCCCUACUCACCAAAACUACGUGGGAAGAAUCCCUGACAUUGAAUUCUACGAUCCCGAUGGGAUGAUGCCCAAAAAGAAAGAGGAACUAUUGAAUUGGCACGCAGAACAAGUCAGACGAAACGUUAUGUUUAAUUUCCGCAACGAAUUAAUUGCUUAUUGCAAAUCAGAUGUCCAAUUGCUGAAACAAGGCUGUGAAGCCUUUCAGAAUGAAUUCCAGUCGCAGGCUGGCUUCAACCCUAUGGCCGAAUCCUUCACCAUCGCAUCGGCCUGCAACCUCUACUGGCGCAAGAACCAUUUACAGCCAAACACCAUAGCCGUCGAACCAAUUCGUGGUUGGCGGGGUGCAAACGUGAACCAGUCAUUAAAGUGCUUGCAAUGGCUAUAUUUUCAAGAAAAUCAAUUUGCAAAGCAGGCAGCAACUGCGGACCGCAUCCGACAUGUUCGCAAUGGCGGCGAGCAGACAGUUCGAACCGCAAGCAAAUUGUACUUUGUGGAUGGCUAUGAUCCCACCACAAGAACCGUCUAUGAAUUUCAUGGGUGCCUCUUUCACGGAUGUCCUAAAUGUUAUCCUGUAAGAGACAUAAGGCAUUAUGCCACUCCUGACAGAACCGUUGAAGAGAUGUAUCAGGCAACAUUGGCAAAAAGAAUGGCACUUCUCAGAGCUGGUUUCAAAGUCCUCGAAAUUUGGGAGUGCGAGUGGGACGAUCAACUAAAGAAGAAUGCAGAGGUGCAACAUUUUCUCAGCUACUUUGAUCUACCACCGCCAUUGGAGCCCCGUGACGCCUUCUUUGGGGGAAGGACGGAAGCUGUGGCCCUGCAUGCUGUGGCGGGGGAGAGGGAAGAGAUACGCUAUGUCGAUAUCACCUCCCUCUACCCCUGGGUCAAUAAAAACUGCCAAUAUCCUAUUGGUCAUCCUACCAUAAUAACGCAACCAAGAGACCAGUCCAUCGGAUCGUACUUCGGUUUAGCUCUCGUGGACAUAUUGCCACCCACAGGGUUGUUCCACCCAGUCUUGCCUGUACGAUAUGCAGAAAAACUAACGUUUGCACUGUGUGGUGCAUGUGUCAGAGAGGAGCAAGCAAAACCUAUGUUGCAGCGGACACAUUAUUGCACUCACUCAGACACUGAAAGAAUGAUUAGAGGGACAUGGUGCACUCCAGAAAUUGAGAAAGCCAUCGAAAAGGGGUAUCGAAUCAUCAAAAUUCAUGAGGUGUGGCACUUUCCCUCAGUGCAACGCAAAACAAGUCUUUUCCGCAAUUACGUAGACAAAUGGCUCAAAAUUAAACAAGAGGCAAGUGGAUGGCCGGCGUGGUGCCAAUCCUUGGAGCAGAAACGAACGUACAUACUAGAGUACCAACAACGAGAGGGCAUCCGACUGGACAUCAGCAGGAUUGCCAAAAAUCCUGGUCGAAAAGCAACGGCAAAGCUCAUGCUCAAUAGGUACUUGUUUCAUGUUGCAUUUUUUCAUAUUGUCAUUCCACGCCUUCUCAUUCUUUUUUUCUUUUUCAUUUCUUGCAGCUUUUGGGGGAAGUUCGGGGAGAAAAUGAACAAACCCACCACCGUCACCGUCAAGCAACCUGCCCAUUUGUUCAAUAUACUGAGUGAUACCACGAAAGAAAUAAGUACACUUAGAUUGUGCACAGACGACGUGUUAGAGGCUGUGUACAGCAGUGUCGAUGACAAUGCUGUGAAAGGAACGAAGACCAAUAUCUUUGUGGCGGCCUUUACCACCUGUCACGCCCGGUUGAAACUCUACGAGUCUCUAGACACCCUUCAAAAGCAAGUGCUUUAUUAUGACACAGACAGUGUGGUCUACCGAUGGCGUCCGGGUCAACCCUCCAUCGCCACAGGUGAUUUUCUGGGGGACAUGACCGACGAAUUAGAUGGUGACGUCAUCACCGAGUUCGUUUCUGGGGGCGCUAAGAAUUACGGAUACACGACACGGCAGGGUAAAGUGGUGUGUAAGGUCCGAGGAUUCACCCUAAAUGUUCGCGGCGCAGCUGUCCUUAAUUUUCAGACCAUGAAAGACAAUAUUUUGGCUGAAUUGGAGGAGCCACUGGAUCAUCGCCGUACCACCAAUGUGGUAACGCCUUAUUAUUUUCAAAGAGAUUUAGAACAAAAACGUAUCAAAGUGGUUCCACGCAUCAAACAAUACGGUCUCGUCUUCGACAAACGUGUCAUCAACACGGACACUAAAUGCAGUUAUCCUUACGGCUAU